CAAAGAAAGUUGCUGCUGUAGGGCAUACCCUGACUGCAUCUUUGGUUUUGUUACGCUACGCAGUUGUUGCACGUUUUUUUCACACUCUUCGUGAAACCUCAUUUACUAGCAAUCUAGUUGGUUUGUUAGCCUCAGCUAUUUACAAAAAUUUCUAUUUGGCUGUUGUCAGCUGAGCUUCACAACUCUAAGAAUGCCUAAAGGAUUUCAUCGAGGAAAACCCAGCAAUAGGAGAACCGAUAGGUUCAUUGAAGAUAGUAUGGUCCAAAAUGAAAAAAAUUAUUAUAAUCAUGAUAAUCGUGAAGCUUCAGAAAAACAAAAAUUGCGCUCGAGUUUCAAGAGUGGUAGAAUUGAUCGAAAUCGUUCCAGACCUGUGGAAAACACUAGAUUACAAAGAAUUAUUGAACAGCAAGAUAUUGAUAUGGCGGGAAGUUCAUCACAUGGAGACUCUCAUUCUAGACAUGCCCCAUAUUCUAGACCUGGAGGAAGGAAAAGUAACCAUACAAGACCACAACAAAGUUCCAGAGGGGGCUCCUCCUGGAGUAAAGUCACGAUUCCCCAAGGAAAGAGGUUUGAAAAAGAUUUCAUCCUCAAAACUUUGCUUAAUGCUUCCAAAGUAGCAUUCAUUCCAAUAUAUUAUCACGUUGAAGGGAACAAUGCUGUAUUCUACAUUGAAGACUCAUCUGCAGCUGAGGCGUUAUCCACGUUAAACAAGCAAAUUACGUUACAUGAUGGUUUCAAGUUAAUCAUUCUAGUAAAGUGGAGUCCAGCACCUAGCCUACCAAUCAAUGAAGAGUUAAAGGAAAAAAUUAAACAAGUUAUGAGCCGUCGCUAUGAUCCCCUUACGAAAACAUUGAACCUUACUCAGUUUCAUUUGGAUGAAGAACUAUGCACAGAUUAUUAUACGCCCCUUAGUCGAGAAAAUGUCAUGCAAUCAGUAAUGCAAAUUAUUGGGGAGCAUAUACCAGACGUCCAGGCUAUAGAUUUGUCCAAUAACAAAAUCUAUAGUGUGGAUCAAAUGAAACCGUUACUGACGAAAGCGGCGUGCCUGAAAUCUAUGAAUUUGGGCAGCAACAAGCUUGGCCAAAUAACUUCACUUGAUCGUUUACAGGGAUUGAAAUUAGAAGAAUUGAUUCUUAAUCAAAACCCUCUUUGCGAUCGUUUCACUGACCAAAGCAGUUAUAUAAGCGCCGUAAGGAAACGCUUCCCCAAGUUAAUGAAAUUGGAUGGCGUUGCCCUGCCUCCAGUAAUUUCCUUUGAUAUUGGGACAGAGGACGUAUCAUUGCCACCAUCCAGUGGUAGCUGGUUCGUUUCAGACGAGGCACGCCAGAUAGUUCUCGUGUUCUUGGAACAAUAUCUCACCGUGUAUGACUCGGAUGACCGUCAACCCCUUUUAAAUGCAUACUAUGAUUCUGCCACGAUGUCAAUGACAUGUUCUUAUCCACCGGGACAGUCAGCAAGUGCAUCCGCCAGGUUGGACGCGUACAUGAAAGACAGUCGCAAUCUCAAGCGAGUCGACGAUGUCCAACGUCGAUUUCGGCUGCUUCAACAAGGCAAAGUCGACAUAGUUUCCUUUUUAUCCAAAUUACCCAAGACUUUGCACGACCCGAGUAGUCUAGUGGUGGAUGUACCUGUCUCAUCGAACCACCUUAUUGUGAUGUCCGUGACGGGUAUUUUCCGUGAGCGAACUGAGAGGCAUUCUCAUGUACGUUGGUUUCAACGGAUAUUCGUCAUCAUUCCAAGUUCUGGUGGGGGAUUUUGCAUCGUUAAUGAGCAAAUUCACAUUACGUGCGCAACCCCUGAACAAAUGAAAGCGUCUUUCAAGGAACCUAAUGUCCCUGCGGCAAUUCCGGCUCCAUCUUUACCUGCUGCUUUGCCAGUUCCCGAACCACAAACGAGUGCUAGCGUAAUAGAUCCAGUCCUUCAGCAGCAAAUGGUGGCAUCGUUUUCCGAGCAAUCUGGGAUGAAUACGACAUGGUCGUUAAAGUGUUUGGAGGAAAAUGGAUGGGUUUUCGAUCGGGCCGCCUUUGUUUUCACCGAGCUGAAAGCUGCCAAUCAGAUCCCACCCGAAGCGUUCAUCAAAUAGCCUUGAUUGUUGAGUAAAAAUGUGGACGGAGAAAUGUUGUCAUUAUGUUUCUUAUGAAAUGUUGGCACUCAAUAAAGAUGUUGACAUAUAAA